CUGGGCAUGCCCAGAAGUGCGUAGACGCGCCCGCCGGCUUCGAUCCGCGGAAGAAUCUGCUCUGCGCCACCAUGGAGCGCAUCGACGGGGUGGCCGUGGGCCUCUGUGCCCAUUCGCCCUACCUGCGGCCUUUCACGCUGCACUACCGCCAGGACGGUGUCCAGAAGUCCUGGGACUUUAUGAAGACACAUGACAGUGUGACUAUUCUCAUGUUCAACUCUUCUCGGAGAAGCCUGGUGUUGGUGAAACAGUUCCGGCCAGCUGUAUAUGCAGGCGAGGUAGAGCGUCACUUCCCAGGGUCCCUGACAGCUGUGAACCAGGACCAGCCCCAAGAACUUCAGCAAGCACUGCCUGGCUCAGCGGGAGUGAUGGUGGAACUCUGUGCCGGUAUUGUGGACCAGCCUGGGCUCUCACUGGAAGAGGCAGCCUGCAAGGAGGCUUGGGAAGAGUGCGGCUAUCGCCUGGUCCCCACCGAUCUGCGCAGAGUUGCCACAUACAUGUCUGGAGUAGGACUGACUAGCUCCAGGCAGACCAUGUUCUACGCGGAGGUGACAGAUGCCCAGCGAGGCGGGCCUGGUGGAGGGCUGGCCGAGGAGGGAGAACUCAUCGAAGUGAUCCAUCUGAAUUUAGAUGACGCCCAGGCCUUCGCAGACAACCCUGACAUCCCCAAGACUCUCGGGGUUAUCUACGCUAUCUCUUGGUUCUUUAGCCAGGUGGUUCCCCAUUUGAGUCUCCAGUGAGACCUUGGGGCUGGACAGGCCUAAUCCCAUCCACUCAUCCUCCUGCCCUGCGCACCCAAUAAAGCUUGUGUAAGUUUUACUGAUGUCCGCUGGCUUUGAGCACUGUGACCUGGGGUGAGGCACUGUGUCUUGGAGGGUAGCAAGGUCUCCAUAGAAACCCUCUGGUCCUCCUCUGGUGGGGCAAGUGGAUGACCUGGGAGGCAGAUGGCUGUCAGCGGGCUAGCACAGCAAGCCUGGAGUACUGUCAGGCAGAGUAGCCAGCUCAUGAGGGAACCAGGCUAGGUGUUUAGCCUUGGAUCCCUGAUCAAGUUCCAUAUCAGCUACCCCCAAGUUUCUUGGGCCCGGAUGGAAAAGAGGGAUGUAGGUGGGCGGGUUGUUGGUUUCACGGAGGAUGGUAGAUACAUAGACCAAAUGUGGAAAGGGGUAGUCAUAUGGAAGAGAAAGGUUUAUGACUUAAUGGUGUCUGUCUGAUAAGACAGAUAAUGUCUACAAAGCAUUAAUUAAAAUGUUCUUAAUUAU